GGGUGAGGUGGGUCUGCGGUGUCGCUCGGGGUCGGGGGAGCGGCCUCCGCCGCGGUCGCCCUGCGCUCGGGAGCGAGCAGGGCUUCGGGUGGCGGAUGCUGCGUCUGAGGGCCCGGAGCGGGCAUCCCUGCAGCUCUUCGGCCGCGGCUCCGCUCCCCUGCCCUGCCCUCCAGGAGCGGGCGGCGCUGCGGGCCUCGCCGGUGGGCUGCCCGGGGUGCCCUGCAGCCUGCCCCGAGUUUAGGCCGUUCUCAGCACUGCCAAGAGGCCCUGGGUGUUCUGAACUCUUUUCCUGCCGGCAGCCUGAAGGGGGUUUAUCAUCUUCCUAGCUGUGUGAUUAUUUUAACAUCCAUAUUGUAUUGGAGGCAGUUUGGCUAACUGGAACUGCUGGUGGCUAGAAGUCAUGAAGAAAUAUUUUACAUAGAACUUUUACAUGAUUGAAGCCAUGGCAUCUUCAACAAAUUUAGAUGUUGGAGCCCAGUUAAUUGUGGAAGAAUGCACUGCUAGCUACAGCCUUCCGCCCAUGCCGGAUAUCAAGGUGGAACAUCAGCUUGACUCUAGCACAGAAGAAGGCCCAGCUCAGAGUGUCACCAUGGGAAUGAAAUUCAUUUUGCCCAAUAGAUUCGAUAUGAAUGUCUGUUCACGAUUUGUGAAAUCUUUGAAUGAAGAGGACAGUAAAAAUAUUCAAGACCAAGUUAACUCUGACCUUGAAGUGGCGUCUGUCUUAUUUAAAGCUGAAUGCAACAUCCAUACUUCUCCUUCCCCUGGUAUCCAAGUACGACAUGUUUACACUCCGUCAACUACCAAGCAUUUCUCUCCAAUAAAACAGUCAACUACCCUAACAAACAAACAUAGAGGAAAUGAAGUUUCUACAACGCCUCUGCUUGUAAAUUCUUUAUCAGUUCACCAGCUAGCUGCUCAGGGAGAAAUGCUGUAUCUGGCCACACGUAUUGAACAAGAAAAUGUAAUCAAUCAUAAAGAUGAAGAAGGAUUCACCCCUCUGAUGUGGGCUGCUGCUCAUGGGCAGAUAGCAGUAGUGGAAUUUCUCCUUCAGAAUGGUGCAGAUCCUCAGAUUUUGGGGAAGGGACGAGAAAGUGCCCUCUCACUGGCUUGCAGUAAAGGAUACACAGAUAUUGUCAAAAUGCUGCUCGACUGUGGAGUUGAUGUGAAUGAAUAUGACUGGAAUGGAGGCACACCUCUACUCUAUGCAGUGCAUGGGAACCAUGUGAAAUGUGUAAAAAUUCUUCUUGAAAGUGGUGCUGAUCCAACUAUUGAAACAGAUGCUGGCUAUAAUUCCAUGGAUUUGGCUGUAGCCUUGGGCUAUCGAAGUGUUCAACAGGUUAUUGAGUCUCAUUUAUUGAGGCUACUUCAAAAUAUCAAGGAAUAAGAUCUGGCUCUUCCAUGGGAUUCAGCUUUUGGCUUGGAGAAUUGGACUGCUUUUAAGCCCUGUAAUCAGUGAUAGGGGUUGUUUAUUUUAUAACUUUACCUCAGUUCAAAUAUUUAACUGGUUUUAGUAAGCUUUUUAAUGUGCUUCCUCUUUCAUUGCUAUUUAUAGAAAUAUGUGAUGUUGUCCUUUUAGUAAAAAGUCAGUUAUUGUGAUGCAUGAAAACUUUGUGAAUAAACCCAGUUUUGACUGUCUAAAUGUUCACACAGAGUGCAAUAGGUGGCAUUGUGCCAAGUGUCCUGCUUCUUCGUGUCACUGAUAAUAUAUUUACAGGAAAAAUUUUGUUUAGAUAUUGAGGUAUAUCUCCAUAAAAGGUAGAUGUAUUUACUGUAAAUAGUACCAAAAUGUGUUUUUGAGACCCUUGACUAAAAUUACUGUGCCAGCUUUUGUCUUUGAUUUUUAAUAAGUUUAUAAUAAAUUGGAGGACUUGCAUGAUGGUAGUUUAAUUCUUCUCAGAUGUCUUUUCUGCUUUUCUGCAUCCUUCUGCCUUCCCCUUCUAGUUCUAGAACUCUUAGAUACGUAUUUCUCUGGUAUAAGGAACCCCCUAUCAAUUGUAAGCACAGAAUCCUCCCUUCUGUGGCUGAACAGCAGACAGCAGCGAUGUGGGAAAAGGAACCAGGAAUGCACUGCACUCCAGCUUUUCUCAGCUAAAAUGAGGUCCUCUGAACAGUGGCCCACUGUAACUGCUGUAAGCUUGAGCAGCUGUUAUACGGUUUUGAAAUCAGGUGAAAAAAUCAGGGAAAGUUAAUACAUUUCCUGGUAGAUACCUGUGCUUCAUCCCAGCUACAUUCAGUGAUGGGACAUGGAACAUUCUCAUACAACUAAGAGAUGAGCUUUUGAAACAGACCUUUCAAAACUCUUUUCCUGCCCUUACCCAUGGAUCCCCCAUGUGGUGUUAAUGUGCAUUUACAUAGGCAUUUAGCCUUGUGUCCACUAGAGGUCUGAUGUGCUCACAUACAUGCACCUGCUACCUUCUCCUUUCUUCCCCAGUCUAUGGGGAGUGAGUCCAGUCUCCAAUUUGCUCUUCUGUAAAGCUCAAAUGACAGGAGUGGAAUGCACAUGUAUAGGACAUAUGAGCUAAUUUACUAGCUGUAUUACUAGUACUGUGUCUCUACCAUGUUCAAUUUUUCUAUCUGGAAAUUGUUCCAAACAAAGCAAAUAAUACUUUAAGUACGUGUACAGGGAUUCAGAGAAGGGUAUGGGGAAGACUGGAAUAAUCUAGCUGAGUUCUUUAAGCCCCACCCAGAGAAAUAAUGAAUUCAAAAUGUUAGCUUUGUUCUUUCAAAGUGACUUAACUUACAGCAGGAGGAAAAAAAAAUACCUAUCUAUCUAUAUAUAUGCAUGUAUAUAUGAAUUUAGCCUGAAUUCGUGGCCAAAUUUCUCUUGACUUCAUACUGAAACUUCUUUGGUAUAUUAAAAAGCCUAAAUUAGGGCAGAAUUAACCUCUGAUACGUGGCUGCUGUGAGAACCAGGAAGCUGUUAUCUUGUACAGAAUGAACCUUAAGGGAGGCACUUUGAAACAAGGAAAUGUAACUGAUCUUGCAGGCAUUGGUGAAAUCCUUGGUAUGUUUAAAUGAGUAGUAUUACCUGUCUUCCAGUGUUUAACUACUUUCCUUGCAUCUAACAUAGGGUUUACAUCAGUUUUAUCACAUGCUUUUAGGUUUGAUCUGUCAAAUGAAGGAAACGGUCAAUGUGACAUGUCUUGGAAGCAGCAAGGGAAAUUAUGUUUUAUAAUUAAAUCAGUAUCUUGAAAAGGUAAAUGUAAAAAAAUAAAGAUAAGUAAUGCAAAGUGGCAAUUACCAUAAGCUUGGAAAUAGAUUGUGGCCUAAAAAAAAAAACACGUUUUGAACUGUAACCCUUUUAAGAACAUUCAUGUUUGUUGAAAAUAGAAAACUCUUCCUGAAACUUCAUAACCUGUGCCAUUUCUUGUUUAUUUCUAACACAUCUGUAAAAACAUGCUAUAUAAUAAUGCA